UCUCAAUUACCCUCGGUUGGAGGCUCACUCAUACGUUCUCUUGGACGUCUACUUGAUUCUUCUCUGGUCUUGUACAACACUAGCAGCAAUCGAGGUCAAAUUACAUCUCCUAGACCACGUUCUGAUGAUCCGAGCAGUAGGAGUAGGCAUUUUCGUCUCCGACAGCGUAACCAAAAUCAUGAUGCAUUGGCUGCAGAUCUCGAAAACACUCGAGAGCAGAUUUUGGGACAGAUAUUUGACCUCUUGUCGAAUCUUGCAUGAUUUCUUUGUGUUUUCUUCCAGGCCAAAAUCUUAUCUCAUUUCACAACUCUGGACGCAAAAGCCUUGGCUCGCGUCCCAAAAGCACAACACCUUCAACGUCUAUGGCUUCAAUUCAUCACCAAUUUGACCUUUACUCGUGAAGGACAGGCUCUUCUUUUGAACCAUUCAGGGGCAAUCUCUGUACUGGUGGAUCAUGUGCGAUAUUGUCGUGACCCGAAAAAUCGUGCUACUGCACACCUUUGUCUUCAGAAUCUCUGUGCCAACACCUCAUUCAAGGCAUUCCUGUAUCAACGAACCUGA